AUGGACAAGUCACCAAACAUACGUCGGGUCGGCUCGGCGCAAGACCCUGAGCUGCACCCCACGCUAUCCCGCGAAUCGUCUGCCAGCACAGCGACCGUGACGCCAAUGGCCGAGUCGGGCACGUCCCGGUUCCCUUCGCAGCAGUCGCACGUCUCAACCUCUGCCUCUGCCUCUGCCACGUCCGCCUCGUCAUCCGCCGCGCCCUCCCCCCUCGCCUCGCGUGAGCCUUCGCCGACUAGGCCGCUAUCACGCACGACAACCUCCCGCAAUUCAUCCGCACACUCGGGUAUCCGAUCAAGGAAGAACAGUCAGCAAGACCUCAGCCCUUCACGCUCCGCAAGGCCGCAACCUCAACAACCCAGUCCGGCAUCCAAGACGCCAUCCUCUGCUAACACCCCAACCCUUCUCCCGUCUUCGACUACCUCCUCGUCUUCCGACCCCAACUCUACCCAUGCGGGCGCACCCGUCAAAUCCCCCACCACCAUGGAUCAUCUACGAGAGUCGCCGAGAUGGCCCAUCUCACCACGGCUUCGAUCUCCACCACCCAUCCUCCACAAGCCAAAUAUGGGGCUUCCGCGAAGGUCAGAGCCGGAGACACCCUUGAUCAACGUCCAGCGCGCUAGCCCGCCGAUAACGGGCCCGGCCCCCGCCGACCAACCGUCCGAUACCGACCCAGAAGACCACGCUGUCUCGAACGGCAUGAGGACACCAGCACGAGGCGGAGGUGGUAGCACGUCGACCCUUGAGACUGUUCAGGAAGUCAGCCCCAUCGGAUCGCCGCGCGCCCCCGAGGAGCCCGGGUCUAUUGAAGAAAAGCUCGACGAUAGCAGCAACAGCAUGACUCCAGAGGCGUCGCAACCCGAGUCGAUCGGUCUCGGCCUUACACAGAACAGCAGUGGCAGGACAAGCGCCGGCGACAGUGGCAGCGAGACCGAUAACACGACGAACAACAGUCCUUACAUCAUCAGGCCAGGAGCCCGGAACGGAUCAGCCAGUGCACCACCACCGCUGACCUCGAAGCAAUCGAGCACGUGUAUAAAACAGGGCAUCACCAAGACCAAGACCGGCGAGACGUCGUUGCAGAGCAUGACAGUCGAGACGGAAACGGUGACGUCGAUCCCCCAAGCCCCGCUGGUCCCCGGGGCCGGUGCCCAGGGUUCAAGCAUCAGCUUGCGCACAAAAGGGAGCACAGAAACCAUACGACCCAAGAAGGAAAGGAAGAAGCCGCCACGAAAGCAACCCUCUGUGACGGCCGGCAAUGGUGAGCCAGCAACGUCUUCUUCGACUAUUUUGUUUCCUAAGUUGCGCCAUUAUCAGUCGAUGGGAUCAGUCGCCCCAUCGGCGAACAACAAGUGUACUUCGCCCACGCAGUGUGCUCACGACGAAGGAGAUAGUCGCUCCCGUCGCUCGCACGCCCGCAGGCAGAGCAUGGGUAUUAUUUCCAUGUCCCAAGUCAGCAGCCUGCUAACUAGACAACCCCGUGCAGCGUCGUCCAAGGCCGAUAUCUUCGAAGCCAAGGUAGCGAGCGCCGUCGAGGAGGCCAACUCGUCCGACUCGGACGAGACCUUCGUGUACGAUUCUAACCCUCCAGAUGCCCGCGACCGGCCGAUGCGAUUCCACUCCCGGACCCCGAGCGCCACCUCGAUGGCUAGCCAGGUCGACCGCGCCGGCAUGCGCUCUAUCCACGCCGUCAUGGAGAGCAACGGCCCCCCGAUCAUGGUCAAGAAGAGCAUGAAGUUUGUCAACUCGUCCGCCACCAACGGCCACAGUGACAGCGGUCUCGCCGAAGACGAUGGACGAGGGACUGGGAGGAGCACUAACGGCUCUGGGCGUGGGACUGCCCGCCAUCACCACCACUUCGGCCGGUGGGGCCGCAACGGGACUGGAAAUGGCCAUCCAUCCUUGUUUGCGGAGCAUAGCCCAUUCAGCAACUCAGCACACGGCACUGGGAAUGGGGGCUCCCGGCAGUCCCCGACACCACCAAGCCCUCGGUUUGCGAACCGUCCGGGUAUCGGGCUGAACGGAAAGCGGGGGACACACCUGUCUGUAGGCUACGACCUCGACGACACCACGACCGGCGCUGACGACGAGACGACCCCGCUCAUCCCAUCUGGCACCGUCCGAUCGUCGCGUUCUGGCCGCGGGCGGCGUAGUUUGCAUUCACUGCGGUCUAUGGAAGCACAGACCUACCAUCGAUCACCGCCAUCGGUUCUCAACCGUUUCGCCAGCUGCUUGGUCCUUACCGUGAUGCUUCUCCUGGUUGUAUCCGGCGCGAUCGGCUUCAUGUUUGCCACUUCGCAGCCACUUACCGGGAUCGAACUCGUCUCGAUGGACCACGUUGUCGCCAGCCAGCAGGAACUGAUGCUCGACCUUACCAUCAAGGCCCACAACCCCAACGUUGUGGUUGUGGUCGUCGACUCGGCCGAUAUCGAGGUAUUCGCCAAGUCCCCACACGCCAUGUCCGACUCAGAAUGGUGGCGGCAUACCCACCCAGGUGAGAUUGGGCCACCGCCGCCACGCCAACCGAAAGAGGAAGACAAGAGCGACGACGACCACAACGACGACGGUGCAUUCCACACCCUCCUCGAAGCCGACCCGGAGCCGUCCCCUCCGGAAGAAUCCGCCCCCAACAUGCGCCUCGGAACAAUCACGGGUUUCGACAGCGCCCUCUCCUUCGAAGGUUCCUUCUUCCACAAGGGCCUGUCCUACUCGAGCGGCGAGGUCCGUCUCAAGAGCCCUGGCAACGGGACCUACGGCGGACAGGAGCGGUGGGAGCGGAUCAUGGAGGAUGAGUUCCAGUUGAUCCUUAAGGGUGUGCUCAAGUACACCCUGCCGCUGAGCCAGCGUGUGCGGACGGCCACUAUCUCGGGGAAGACGACGGUGAAGCCGAACGCGGCGGUCGGACCGCCGGGGUUGAAGCCUAAUGGAACGAUUGGAGGAGGGGAAGGUGGGGAGGAGAAGAAGAAGGGGGAGGUUACGAUUUCUUUUGACGUUGAUGAUGAUAAUGAUGAUGGGGGAGGAGAUAUCUGA